GCAGAUCUCUCCCUGGAUUCAGUGCUGUGAUGCAAUCCCUGCAGUGGUUGACAGCGGCGGAUGCUGGGCCAACACGACGUGAAUCCUCCCAUUCCGCAGUGCCCGUGGCCAUGGUCGGUGAGUCUGAUGGCAUCAGCGUGGAGCUGGUGAGCUUGCAGGGGAAGAGGCGGAAAUUCGAUGUGUCUCUUUCCAUGACUGGCCGGCAGCUCCGACAGAUGAUCAGUGCAGAGCUGCCGUCCAAGGCCGGGUCACGCAUCUCGGUGCAGCACAGAUCGUCGCCACUAAGCUUGGACCAGACCCUCAGGCAGCAAGGGCUUGGAGAAUGCGUCACCUUGUCCUAUGUCUAUGUUCCUGUGGAUAUUUUGGCAGCCUGGAAGUAUCUGCAAGGAGAACAGGUGGAGGAUCAGGACUUCUUGAAGAUCCUUCAAGUCUCGAAUGUUGAAGUCGAUGCCAUCAGCUGCUGUUCCUUUCAGAAGACCUUGGAAUCCGCUGGUCAUUGGCGGCGGUGCCUGGAUGCGUUGGAGCAGAAUGACCAGCAGCAGUUGGUGCCGGAUGCUCUGCUCUACAACACCUUGGUGAGUUCGAGUGAGAAAAGUAGCGCUUGGACAGCGUCCUUGUCCCUCUUCGCCCUGCGUGCAGCCCAUUUUGGACCCGACGCCCUGAGUGCCAGCGCAUUGGAUCUUCUGAAGUCCUUGGAGAGGGCAAAUUUUCCUCCAAGCUCUCAUGCGCUCGCAGCAGUACUUGGUGAAGUUGCUGAAGUACCUGAAGUGGAGGAGUUUGCUAUGCCAUCCGAAGACUGGAUGACCGUCAGCAUACGAAAAGCGUCGCCGCAGGCUUCAGGCAGCGAGGAGGCACCAGGAGGGUGGGGAUUGUACUUCUUGGAUCAGCUGGGGGUGUGGACAUGCGGAGAUUUUUGGCCAUGGGUUGCCAGAUGUUUGUUAAGUGCCAUCGUGGUUUUGGGAGCAAUUUUGAUUCUCUACUUGCUAUUGGUUAUCUGCCGGCCCUGUCAAGCUUUCUGCAAAUGUUGCUGCAGACAGACCAGAGCAGUAGCCAAAGAGGUGGGGGAGCUCCUCCCCGAACUUAGACCUGGGGGCACAUACGAAAAGCUGGAUAUCCGUGGACCCGCCUCUAGCGGGGGCGUCGAUUCCGAAUUCUACCAACGAGGCGUCAAGGGUCGAGGUUCAGAAAGAAAACCCAAUGACGUAGCUGUUGUGGUGAAUGACCAAAUAGCUCGCUUGAAGGUAGACGGGGAUCAUUGGGCACGUGUGGAUCGAUACGGGUUAUGGGUUCGUCUCCGUGGAGUGAAGGGUUCCACGUCGAAAGCGCUUCGCCAAACGUUGGAACAGGAGGGGAAAAUCCAUCUCUGUCGCGAGCAGCGGUGUCCGCUUGAAUUGCAACCAACACCCGGUCUACAUUGCAAAGCUUACGCUUCGGUGGAUGCCAAUGGGCUGGUGGAUUUGGGAGCUUAUGCAGGGUGGUCCACCCGCAGGGUGAUCGUCUUGAUGGGUCGAUGGCUACGUAGAAUGGUGCGGGGGCUUAGUCUCUGCGUGUACUAUCUGACGGGAUGGUUCAUUCUCAGACAACUCUGGGCAAAGCGGACGCCACCCAGAACCAUAGUCGAAGGAGCCGUCGUCAGACCCUUGGAUGCGGAAUCUGAAUCUGAAGUAGAGGUACAAGAUGACCCUUGUGAGGCCGUAUUAGUCGGUUUGGAACAUGGAGGCAAACCGAGAGCAUUGGCCACAGACCCAUGUGCAGAUCGGGCUAUCGGAGAGCCGGUCCGGCUCCUGGAGAGGGACAGAGAACUCUCUGACGUCAAAAGGAGAUCCUCCGUCAGGCUUUGCGACCAUCAUCGGCAGCUCUACGUGGCGGCAUGUUCAAGCCGAAAAUGCAGCGUGUUGGCUUGCUACGAACAGGUUGAUGGUGCCAAACAGGGAGUUCCCCUCUGCAAGCACCACCUGACGGACCUUGGUGGUUGUGCUCGCCCUACCCGCAGGGUUAGCUGGACACAUGAGAGAGAUAGCUCCAUUGCACGAUCCGAGGCAUCUAUGUCCGAAGGAGAAUGCCUCACCCCUGCACGAAGAAGCCGCCGGAUCAUCUUUGACGGCGCUGAACGACUUGGGCCCAGGGCUGCUUCGGCCGAUCCUAGUGAAUCCCAGAAGAAGAUUGAAGGCAAGCUUGAGAAGGGCCCGUGCAUGGUGCUCCUCAGACCAAAGUCAUUACAAACCGCGGAGGCCCCACCCAGGUGGACUGCAUGGUUGGGGCGCAUCGAGGGGUUCGCCGAAGAAGGGCGCAGCCAGGAGCUGCUCGAAGUCCACAUCCCUUCCUUGAAGCAAACGUGUGUGAUCCACAGAAGGCUGUUGAAAGGGUCCCCUCGAGACAACGGGGCGGGUCGAAUUAGUAAGCAUUGGGUGCAGAAGUUCCUUCAGCAUACCCAUGACGAAGAAGUCGGCCAAGGGAUAUCGGUCUUGGUCGCGCGCCUGUCCGAAGACCAAGCAGCGGCCCUGAAUGCCUGGGACGGUGAGGUGACGGAUGAAGGAGCGAAGCCAAGUAAAGCCUGGCAGGGGAGACUCUACCGGGAGAUCCUCCCACAUGCUGAUGCAUAUUUGCGUGAAGAAGCUGAGAUGUCCGACGACUUUAUGACACCGCCAAAGCCGAAAGUCGAGCUGGAAGAGGGUGCGGGACCGGCGAUUCCACCCUUCCCAGACCUAGAUGAUUCAGAUCGCCAGGGAAGAAUGGAGGCGGCUCGAAGAGCUCUUGACCAGCACAUUGAGGGAGAGAUAGAUUCCGAAGUGUUGCAGACCGUGGCCACUGCCUUCGACCUAGAUCAUGAGCAACUGGCUCAGUCGAUGUAUGCGAGGAAUCACCGCCUUAGCUACUCGAAGCCAACGACACCACCAGGAUUGGGAGCCGACCAAAGCGAAAUGGAGUUUGCAAGAAGACCCGUGACGGCAACUAUGCCAGGAGGAGUGACCGUAAAGCCAGCAGUCCCCCGGCCGGCGAAUCCACUUCUGCCGAGGAGCUCCUCCUCAAUCUCCCCGGUCCAGAGAGGUGGAUUGUCGCUCUUUCCCAAGGGGUCAGGCGGUCGAAACAGUCUCGUGAAACCAGCAUCGGAGCAGAUGCCGGAGGGCAGAGCAGGAGCCACGUUCGGAGAAGCCCUCGGAGACAGCACACAAGUCCAGAGCGCGGACCGCAUCAUUCACGCCAUCGACGGUCUGAGAAGAGCACAGGAUGACGACAAAAACCUCACGAAAGGGACCUUGAGUUCUAUCAAAGAGGCGGAGAAGAUGGACGUCUUCCUGGCACGAGGCUGUGGCACCCUGACCGUUGAACUCGCACCGGGAGUGUACGGGAAGGAACUUUUCCACGCGGGGAAAAGGGUGGCAAAUCACGCUCGCCAUAUGCUGCACUUGAUCAAAUGGCCGGUGCUGAUGACCAACAGGGUCCUACUUGGCAUCGCUGGUCUGUGGUGGGGUGGCAAAGACACCUAUACCUUGCACGCAAGUGACUGCGUUACCGCUCGGUCCGAGCAGUUGGACAGUUGGAAUCCGUCCUCCGACAACAAGAUCGAAAAUCGCAUGAGACCACCAGGAGUCUUCAACACUUGGCUCAGGUACGCGGAAAACUCAGUUCGCGUGUUUGGAUCCUGCUAUGGUACAGAGCAUAUCCAAGAAAGGCUCGAUUGUCUCCAAGCCCUGAAGGAGGCCCAUGAAGAAGACGAGCAUGCCUUCCCAGCUGCCUACUGCAUCGAGCUCUUUGAGGAACUUGUCGCGGCUUGGUGCGAAGAACUGCGAGAAAGCAGAAGGAAACUCUGCUCUCUGCUGGGGACCGAAAAUCCACGGCUUGAAGACCUGAAGCUGCUAGCUUUGGCGCCGGGAGCGGAUGGGCAAGCAAACUUCCAGUUUCCAAGCAUAUGGGAUCUGGGCGACCCGAACGGAUAUUACCAGACAGUUGUGGUACCCAGGCAGCAAAGGCAAAUGUCGAGGCUGCUCCACAAGCAGCUGCACGACCACAACCUCAAGCAGAAGAAGACAGCUGGUCCAGCUGAAGAUGAAGAGCCAAGGACAGGGAAAGCCCCAAAGCUUAACCUGAAAGACAAAGAGGCCGAUGGAUAUGCGGGCGGCAGCAUGAAAUCAGCCUACCCAGCUGGAAAACGGCUUACACAAGGAGAAGCUUCACGGUCCGUGGAGCACGCACCUAAGGAUCCCAAGACCAACAAACCUAUCUGCUGGGAUGCGGCCACACACAUGGGAUGCACAAGAGGCGACAAGUGCCAGCACGCGCACGAGCCUUUGCCGGGAUUGGCCAAACUUGACUACACAGUUGCCAUGCAGGUCAUUCGAAGAGGAGGACUCAAAGGUGGGCCGAAAAUCGAUCCCAAAGAGGUCGACGGAAGGGUCGCUCAGCUGCGAACCCAGGCAGCGGCGGAUAAGGCCGACAAGAUCCAACCUAGCAAGAAAGCGAAAGUCAAGCCCAAGCCAAAGGCCAAAGCUGGGAAGGAAGCUGAGGGUAAAGCUGAAGAAGACAAGGUUGGGAACACCCAGUGGGUCGCACCUGAAGACUAUGAUAUCCCUCUGACCCAUCUCGAGACUGACUUGCAAGAGGCGGUUCAGGGCCCAGAUGAGGGCUGGCUGCGAAUACCCUCACAACCCACUGAGCAAGAAGCCGCUCCGGCUUGGGAUGACCAGAGCCAAGAGGAGCGGGAAAGGCUGAAACGAUGGAAGUCGCUGGAGGAGAAAGGGGUUCUGGCGGCCUUGGAGUCGCCCACGGAUUAUCUCAGGUCCCAUGUGAUUGCACGCAUGAUGGCAGCACAAGAUGAAGGAUAUGAACUGGAGCUGAACCGGUGUCUCGAAGAUGCGGCAGAACAUGGACAUCCCGCGCUCUCUAAGGAAGCCGGACGUCAACUUGAGCUCCUCAAGCACGAGCCAAAAGCGGGUCACCAAGCGGAUGUCGAAUUUACGCCCAUCACAUGGGACGAGGGUAUUGGUCAUGGCCUGUUGAACUUUCAAGGAAACUUGUCGCAUAUCGGCUCAGUCACGGUCCGUGACUACCAGGAUCGCUUGAACGCAAAAGACAGCGAGGUCCCACUGCAAGACGGGCAGUUGGAAGAAGAGCGCCAAUGCCUGCCUCUUCAUGUGGGUGUCGGGUUAGCGUUGGCCGAUGAUCCAUCUGUAGAACUACGAGAGGCCGUAGCCAGAGCCAACCAGUUGAGAAAACAUCUCUGGGAUGAAGCAGUGGAGGCUCACGCACACCUUGGCGAUCCGCCAGCGUGGAUACCUGAGGGCGAGCACUUCUUGCGUCAAAACGUCCAUGAUUGCCUCUAUCCUCACCACGAGAAAGACUACCGCGCCUUGCAAACCCUCACAGGAUCCAUGCUGCAAGGAUACACGUUGGCGGUCCUCAGGAUUUCCUAUUUUGGUCGGUUGGAGGUCGACUUGCUCCACGGAGAUGAUGCUGGCAAUGGGAAGCUAGUUUUCGUUACCAUCCACCGGGGGCAUAUGCGCCUGCUUCUUCCACAACAGCCCCAGCAGCUGUUGGAUCACCUGAGGACUGCAGACAAGGUCACCAGGGAACUUCAGGUUGAACAUUGGAGGGUGAUCUUGGACCAGAGCAAAGUGGAGGAUCAGAUGGUUCCAGCCAAGUCCCCCGCCUGCACAAGAUGCCAGCAACAGCAGCAAAGGCCUUAUCGUGUUGGUGAAGGAUUCCCGUUGCCACCGGCUUCAUUUGAGUCCUGCUUGCAGGAUGAUCCACAGGCUCUUCAAAACAGCGGUGUGCCUCUGCGAAAAAGGCUCGCCUUCGCCUAUGGGCCAAUUGGUCAAGAGGUGUACGCUGGAUGGGCAGGAUGGACCAAGGGGCUUCAGUACCAGGGGAUCCCGUGCGGAGAACCCAUUGAAUACUAUGAGGACCCGAUCGAGCAAAAGGGCUUUAAGCCGCAGCAUGAUACCCGUGACCCGAAGGUCCGAGAACGAUUGCUGGGAUUAGCUGGUGCUCCACCAGGGCCCGAUGUCCCCAACACUUGGCAGCUUGGAGUCGUUUGUACUUCCUUCUGCGACCACCAGCUGAAGAACGGUGGCAGCAGGACCUGGCAACGCCCACAAGGCGACGGCACUCGUCCCUCUGAAGUUCAAGGAAAUGAAGACGCAGAGUUCGCAGCCGAACUUUGUACGGUUCUGGCGGACAACGGAAGAGUCUUCGCAUUGGAGAGUAGCGCGCCGUCGGGCCGCUACCCCAAGAUAUGGGACCUGCCUUGUAUGCAGAGGCUCCGCCGCCGCACCGGCGCAAAAAUUGUCUCUAUGGCUAUGUGCGCUUGGGGUCUGGGACCGCCUGAGACUGAGGAGGGCCUGUUUCAUCGCAAGCAUUCUUGGUGGCUGGUCUCCCCAGAACUCUACCCAUGGGCCUUGUUAUUCCUUGGUAGGCAGUGCCCAGGAGUCGGCCCGACUCACCAGCACGCACCCUUGAAGGGACCCAGUCCAAUUCCUCAAGUACCUCUCACUCGACUGGCACAGCAAUACGCACCAGCUUUGUGUGCAGCCUGGGGUCUGGUAGUCCGAGCAGCCUUUGAAGAAUGGAGCUGGACAACAUAUCUGCAAGAGCACAGCGUGCUCAAAGCCCUAGAGAAAUGUUGGACCGAACUGGACGCACCCCCUUGGCCGGCUGAUCCAGCCAAUACGUUGGAGCGAACCCUUGGCCAACAUUUGGCACCGGUGGUUGCUGGCCAAGCGGAUGGACCAGGCCUCCCACAUGGCUACACCUGUUCAGGAUGCGAACUCCAACAGAUGGUCUACCCUUGUACGUUUUGUGGGGGGGAGGGGUCUGUUUCCGAUCCCGAAAAGCAAGCUGAGGGGCAGGGCACAAGGGCAGGCAGCGUCGACGACGCCAAUGGCCAAAGCACUGCUGAGAAAUACUUGGAGGUAUGCCAGAGUGCUUACAGCAAGGAGGCAGUGAGAAAAGCCACAGAGGCAGGAAAUGCGUUGUUGAGGGCCGCCGGCUCGGUGCCAAGAGCAGCUGAAUUAGUCAACAAAGCGAGGCUGAGGAAGUAUGGGGAACACUUCCAGAAGGCAAAGGAAGGAGCAUUGAAAGGGCUCAGCCCCCUACACGAGCAAUACUUGAAAGACUGUGUGCUCAAGGGCGUGCCCAGCCGAGCUAAGAGUACCCCCAAGAGAGAGAAGGCCCGAAACCACGGCUCCGUCAGGGGGCACGAGGAAGAGAUGCUGCAGAAGGCAUGGAAAGACGCAUCUUAUGGGGCGGUACUUCUGUGUUCCACAGAGACCGAGGACCAAGAAGAAAAUCGGCAAAUCGACCAGAUACUGACCGAGAGCAAGGUGGCCGAGAGCCCUCUCGGCCGAGUGCCCAAGCAAAACCCCGACAGAACCAUCUCAGCGGAAGGUCGUCCCAUCAACGAUAUGCGAGCCAGGAAUGCUUCGGGCUCCAAAUACGACCACCCACCCGCCGCUCAGCCUAGGCACAGAGCAGUGGUCAGGCAAAGCCUUUGGUGGAGGGUGCGACACCCGAAGGUUCCACAGAGGUGUGCGAAACGCGAUGUGCCAAGGGCUUUCAAGUGGCACUUCCUCAAGCCGGGCGAUGUCCCUGAAUUCUGCACGAGGAUUCUAGGUGUGCUGAUCCUGAGUCUGGUGAUGGUGUUCGGUUGGGUAGGAGCGCCAGGGGAGUUCGUGAUAUGGGCCACCGCAGCCCAAAAGCACCACGGGUCGUUCCGACCAUGCCAUCCUCAAUUCAACGAUGUGGUUCCCUACACCAGCCGAUGGCUGAUGGAUGACGGCGUGGUGGUAGAGCCACUAGUGGGGAAUAGGAUCCAGAGAUCCCUGUCAGCAAUGGAUGCAGCUAUGGUAUCAGUCUGGGGCCCUGGAGCCAUCAAUCUCGACAAGCUCGCCGAAGAAGGCACCCCGGCAAAAUCCCAGCUCCUGUGGGGCCUCCACCUAGACUUUGAAGAACAGGUUGUGGUCCUCCCGGAACCGAAGCGAAUAAAGGCGAAGUAUCUCCUAAGAGAGCCUCAGCUUCAAAGGGGGUGCCAACGAGUUCGUACCAAGCUGCUCCGAGAACUGGCAGGGACAGCGCAGUAUUGGGCCGUCUCCGCUCCGGAGAUUGCACCCUAUCUACCAGUCUUUUACAGGCUCCUGCAGCAGGAAGUAGGCGAUCAUGAAUGGGUGAAACCCAGGGGCUCCGAGAGUGAGCUAGAGGCUGCCUGGGCUGAGUUCUGGGAUGCGCUCGAUUGGGUUCGCCUCCAGAUGGAAAAGCCUUGGGGAACCAGUUUCAGAGCAGCUUUCGGCAAGCUCCUGCCGUUAAGGGAAAGGCUCGCACUCCCUGGCAUGGCCGCUUCGGCCCGAUUCGUUGGAGGAGAUGCCACGCUAACCAGGCUCGGAAGCACUGAUUGGAAGGAUAGAUGCUACCACAUGGCGGACAGCAGCAGAUACGUCAGGGCCGUGAGCGAAGUCGUAGGGGGCGGAGAUCACUUGGAGAUCAUCGGAGUGAUGGAGCUUCUGACGUUCAUUGUCCUGGCAGCGGCGCGGAAGGAAACCUGGCAGGGGCAACUGAUCCUUUAUGUGACUGACAACAUGAAUGUCAAAGCAUGGUUACGUACCAGGCGCGCUUCAAACAGAUACGUGAGGGCGCUCUUGCUGCUGCUCCAGCGGCUCGAAGCGGAGAAUAGCUUCACUGUCGAUGGAGCGUACGUCCGUACCUACCACAAUACUCUCAACGACUGGCUGACAAGGGAGGAUGAAGACAAGGUCCAUGCGGAAAUGGAAAGCAGUGGCUGGACCCGCCUCGAGCUCAAUGAGGACUGGGAAGGACUCCUGCGAGAAGCCAUGCGCCCCACGUUGAAGCUACCAGGGGAGAAGGGCCCGAGUGCAGCUUUAGCCAUUCAGCUGGCCAACGAACAGCAAACCGUGCAUGCCUUCCCCGCCAAGAUCGAACCAAAGCCAUUCAAAGGGGGACUCCACCAAAUCCGGCUAGGGUCGGAACUACUGACGUUCGAGCUGGGGUGGGCCAAGGGCGGAGGAUCGAUCGCAAGCCAGGCGCAAGCUGACUGGAUCGUCUGUGUUCUCACUCAAGACCCAAAAGGGCGGGAGGCAGACAUCCUUCUAAAAACCCUCGCCAGAACUGAUUGGAGAGGACGACUUAUCGUUGACCAGCCCAGGGAGCUCUCUGAAACCAGCCGAAAUCGCCUGAUGCAGCUUCAGGUUCAAUGGGGUCAGGCACAAGUGGUCGACUAUCAGACUUCACACCACGGCAGCUUCUUUGCCAGGGCCAGAAGACUUUGGCUUUUUGGAGGAACGGCCGACGAAAAGGAGAGAGUUCAAGCAUGGCGAGUUGCACAAGUCAACGAGUGUCAGAUGUUACCUCUGCGAUCCGCAGAGGAGUCAGGUAAGGGAUUAUGCCCGCCCGACUACCUUUUCACGAGAGAACCAAACCUCAUCACCACCGGAGACAAGUGGCUUCCAAAACCAGUCGGCCACUUGGUUGACGUGCGCGCCGGCAGCAGGCACCUGGUCCAUAGCACACGGGGCCCAGCUUGCGGACCUAGGCUCACAGGUGAGCGUCUCAAGAUCCCAGGAGGCACCCUGUUGGAAGAUGGGACGGGUCUGGUCCGUCCUCUCCUCCCAGAAGAGGUGUGGGAAAUGCAAGGGGGCCUCGCAGAGGAUUGGCGUUCCGCCGACUCGAAGAGAAAGGAUCGCAUGAUAGCAGCUGCAGUCCGGGAGCCAGGCUGGCAAGUGGCUAUGAGUCUCAUGCAGGCUCUGACUGGAACCGAUGGGAAGGCAGGAGUCCUGGACCCCGAUGAGAUCCAAGCCCACGAGCAACUAGAGGUCUGGCUGCGAGCGUGGGGGAGGAACCCGAAGGCUCCCUCUUCCGAGCUUUUCCUUACUUCGUGGAAAGAGCCACGUGUGGCAGUGGCACCCACUCAUGAGUUCGUGGGAGCGACAACCCAGGCGAAAGCAGGCGGAGGCAAACGCACCACCGUGAAGCCAGCACUCAGUGAAGUGGAGAGGCUGGUCCAGCCCGCAUCCAAAAGAGGCGGGACUACUGGGACCCCCCGCCCCCGAGGAGGGAGCACAGCAGAGCUUGACCAGGUAGCCAUGGAAGCUGUCUUGGCCAAACUGGCUGAUUCAACUCGCAGGGUCUAUGCAUCAGGCUGGAAGCAAUGGGCGUUGUACAAUGCCAGCUCGGGCACUCACCCGUUCCUUGACGGAGAAGAGCGCUCCGCUCGGACUGAAGACGAGCAGAGGUUGAUUCGGUUUGUAGUAUUUCUACAUCAAGUCAUGGGAAGGUCCAUAGGUGGGGUCAGACAAAGGUUGUCAGCCAUUCGUUAUGCACAUGUUGCGGCAGGAUACCCUGAUCCACUGGUCGGGCGACCUCGGUUGUGGGCAGCGGUUGCGGGUCUACAACGUUGGGAAGGCGCCCCAAAACGAAAGCUCCCUGUUACCCCCAACAUGUUGCGAUGGUUGGUCCAGCACUUGAAAAGUAGCGGUUUAUCAGUUGUCGAUCAAACCAUGAUCAAAGGAGCCCUUCUUACAGGUUGGUUUUUCAUGAUGCGGGCCAGUGAACUCUUGCCCAGUAUCAAUGGAGAAGACCCCAUGAAUAGGGCGCUCCGCCCAGCUGAUGUUGCUUUCUUUUCGCAUGGGCAGCCUACCAUAGGCGCCAAGGCCGAUGAAGUCGUAGUGCAGAUUAGAUCUUCAAAAACCGAUCAGUAUGGUAGGGGCCAAACACGGUCACACCACCGCUCCGGUGGAGAUCUCUGCCCUGUUGAAGCCUUAGCCGCGCUACAGGUCCUACAGCCCCAUCGGUGGCGCAGCCCUGAAGACGAGGCGCCUUUGUUCCGCUAUGAAGACGGGACGGGGCUUGACAGAGAGGGCAUCACCCAUUUCAUCAAGAUAGCUGCAUUGGCCGUAUCGUUUGCAGUGAAGGCUGGUGCUAUGGAUGCUACUGAUGAAAGUGCCGAUGGGGGACGAAAGCCAGCAGCUCCAGAUCGAGCCAAUGCAGCGAACCUCUUUGUAGCAGCUCACCCAGGACUAGAUCUUUAUCAAUUCCUGGGUGUUCCACCCGGUGCGACUCCAGCUCAGGUGCUCACCGCAUAUCGUCGCAGGUCCCGUGAGACUCAUCCAGACCGCUUUGCAACUGCUGGGGAAGAUGUCCAGAAAGCCAAAGGAGAGGAGUUUAAGAUGUUGGGAAUGGUCCGAGAGAUCCUCUUGGAUCCACUGAUGGCCACUCAAUACAUGAGGUGGAGACAAGAGCAAAUUGCUGCAAAGCAUGGGCGAGGCCGUUCCCCAGUUGUUCCAGCUGGUGUCUAUGCCAAGCAAGCUUCAUCAUUCCAACAAGCCAGAUCAAGUUUUGAUCGGUCCUCCACUCCUGCUGGCGCAGGAGCCAGCAGCUCGGGAGGAGCAGGCCGGGAGGUGCCUCGUAAACCGCCCCCCCCUUCACAGGGAUAUCCUGGAGGAGGAGCGCAAGGAGGACCGCCCCCAGCCAAAGCCCCUCCUGCUCCAGCAGGGACCGCGCAAAAGCCAAGGAAACCUCCACCGCCCGCGAAUCCGCCUACUCCGAGCUCAAGUGCGAAGCCAAGGAAAGCACCGCCACCAAGAAAUGAUGAUGGGAGGCCCAGAGGACCUACCACCCCACCAAUGCAAAAAAUGGCACCCACGCAAGCUAUUCCAAAGGGAGCACCGCCAACACCGGCCAAGCAUUUCCCCAGGGCGACCCAACCAUACACUGGAGGGGGCAUGGUGGACGAUUUGCGAGUUCCUCGCAUCGCACUGGCAGAUGCAGGGGUGAAACGAUCAGACGCUCCGUCUGAGUCUUGGUGGUCAGAGACGUCAUCCAGAUAUAGGGCCCCUUCGAGCUGGUUGGAGCCCGGGUCUGAGCCUUGGGUCGAAGAUGACCUUCCACCGGAGAGCACCGUCCCAGACAACGAGGAUGACUAUGUGUAUGUUGAGGUGGAAGCUGAAGACGAUGACAUGGACAUCCUCCAAGACCACCAAUUCGAUGAAGAAGAUUGGGACGAGCCGGCAUGGGAAGAGCUCCCUGAGGAGGGGACCGGGUCUGAGCAAGUCUUCCAAACCUUCGAUCAAGCCGUGAUGCAAGGACUGCUCCAGUUCAUGGAUUUCGUGAACAGAGGACGGGCCAAGAUGCUGAUUGAAGGUGCUCCACCUAUGACUUCUGUCCCAAAAGAGGUCCGGGAGGCAUGUUUGGGAGACCAUCCGGGGCUUCUAAAAAUGCAUCCCAGCGCAAAAGCAUGGCUAAUGGCAGGGACGAAAGGUGUCGAAUUCAAGAAGCCACCACCUCCUAAGCCUCCCAUGCUUUCGGCUCCCCCAAAGGUGGCUCCGCCGCCACUUCCAAAGCCAGCUCAUCCAGAACAGGUACCUGAGCCAAAGGAGCCGCCGAAAGCCCUAGCCCCCAAACCAGUUCCUCCAGUGCUGAUGCAGAAGACACCAGCACCAAAGAAGCCCCCUCCGCCACUGCCAGUGAACCACUUUGGGUUUGACGAGUCUGAAGUCGACUAUGGUGAUGACGAUGAUCGAACCCCUGAGGAGAAGGCAGAAGAUGAGGAGCUGCUCGAGAAGACCAAGACGAAAGUGGAAGCUUUCCUGCGAGCACCCCCAGAGAUGAGGAAGACGCUUCGCUCCCAAGCAUGGAAGCGGUGCAAGAGCAAACUGGAGGAGCUCAACUUUGAGUUCAGCACUCGUCCACUGCCCGAAAUGCACCCAGGCAAAUUCGAGAAGGAUCUCAAGGAUGGCUUCACCUAUGCGGAGGCCAAACAACGCCAAAAGGGCCGGCAACGGGCCGCCCGACAUCAGCGAGCCUUGGCUGAAAUGGAGGGUGCCUCCUUUGAGGAUUUCCCGAAAUCCUGGUCACAUGGGUAUUCCAAGCAAGUCCUGAAGCCGGGUUUCCUCGAAGAGAAGAACAAGGAGCGGGCCCGCCGAAAAGCUACAAAGGCCAACUAUCGAUCCGAUAGAUCACGCAGCACUCCACCACCUCGCCAGUCAGCUGCUCCAGCUGCUGCAUCCAACCAGGCUGAAGCUGAAAGCACGGCCAACUGGGAAGCAGGAAGUCAAUGGCACGACUGGCAAGCGAGACGCAGCAGUGAGUGGCAACGGCAUCAACCAGAUGUCACACAACGGAGAGAUGCAAAUGCCGCAGACGAUGACGACUGGGGCAACUGGACCAGAGAUGGGCAACGAGGCAGCAACCAAGAUGGCUGGUCCAGCUAUGACUAUGGAAACCAUCAGGUGCCUGAGAAGAUUAUGGAACUGCAUCACUUGGCUGAAGCUAUGAGAGAUUUGGCCAGUAAACCAGGUGGUACUUCAGUGUCCUUUGACGAAUGGCGGAACUUUGCUUCGAAGAUGAAGGAGGAGUUGAAGCGCUUGGGCAUCCAAGCCACAGCUGAAGUGGACGCAGCGAUGUCGAACAUUUUAUCCAACGCCUGCGCUGGCGAAUGGGCCUGGCCCAAAGGCCUGGCUGUCCUGCAGAAUGAACGGCUUCGAGGCGGAG